AUGCCUUGUAAAGGAGAGGUUCGAACGUUGUUUGUUAGUGGUCUACCAAUGGAUGCUAAACCUCGAGAAUUGUAUCUGCUAUUUCGAGCUUAUAAAGGUUAUGAAGGAUCAUUAUUAAAAGUAACGAACAAAAAUGGGAAAAAUUUAUCACCCGUAGGGUUUGUCACGUUUGCCACAAGAGCCGAUGCAGAAGCAGCUAAGCAAGAGUUGACUGGUGUUCGAUUUGAUCCUGAUCUUCCAGCAACAUUACGAUUAGAAUUUGCUAAAAGCAAUACAAAAGUACAAAAACCGAAACAUCCACAUACUAAUGCAUUAUCUGCUGCACAACAAUUUAUACAAAUUCCACAAGACCUUGGUGCUACCUUUUUUCCAACUGAGGCUUGGGGACAACCAUUGACUUUUGAUCUGGGACCAGCCGGACUUCAUCAUCCAGCUUUGUUAGGUUUACAUGGACCACAUAUUCCAGGUCUUGGUCAUCCAAUGUCAACCGGAAUGACACAAUUGCAACAGUCAAAUCCAACUAUGGCUGUGGCAAAUGGAAAUUUAACAAAUGCUACUACUCUCCAUCAGACUGAAUCAACCAUAAUUACUUCACAACAAACAUUCGUUCAAAACGAUAUUAAUAAUAAUAAUAAUAAUAAUAAUAACAUCGUUGUUCGUCCAACAAUCUCGCAACAACAAUCUGUUUUAUCAACUUUAAAUACAAAUGGCGUAGUUGACUCGUUUGAGAAACAAGAUCCAUCAUCGCAUAUUCGUAUUAUUGAAAUAAAACGAACGUUAGAUGAAAAUAGUAUUGAACAAGAAAAAAAUGCCAAUAAAAAGAGUCGACGUUAA